AGUGAGCUCGGAGCUCACGCCGGGCCCGGCAUGGCGGAGCCGGAGGCCGCGCAGCCCGGGAGACCCCCGCCGGCUCCGGGAACGGCGGCGGCGCCGAACGCCGGGGUGGGGAGCGGCGGAACGGCUCCGGGAGGAGCGGGCGGGGCGGGUUCCAGCGACCCGGCGCGGCCCGGGCUCAGCCAGCAGCAGCGGGCGAGUCAACGCAAGGCGCAGGUGCGGGGGUUCCCCCGCGGCAAGAAGCUGGAGAAGCUGGGGGUGUUCUCGGCCUGCAAGGCUAACGAUGCCUGCAAGUGCAACGGCUGGAAGAACCCCAACCCUCCCACCGCCCCCCGCAUGGACCUGCAGCAGCCGGUGACCAACCUGAGCGAGCCCUGCCGCAGCUGCAGCCACGCGUUGGCCGACCACGUGUCCCACCUGGAGAACGUCUCGGAGGAGGAGAUCAACCGACUGCUGGGCAUGGUGGUGGACGUGGAGAACCUCUUCAUGUCAGUGCACAAGGAGGAGGACACGGACACCAAGCAGGUCUAUUUCUACCUGUUCAAGCUCCUCAGGAAGUGCAUCCUGCAGAUGAGCCAGCCGGUGGUCGAGGGGUCGCUGGGGAGCCCCCCAUUUGAGAAACCCAACAUUGAGCAGGGGGUCCUGAACUUCGUGCAGUACAAAUUCAGCCACCUCCCGCCCAAGGAGCGGCAGACGAUGUAUGAGCUCUCCAAGAUGUUCCUGCUCUGCCUCAACUACUGGAAGCUGGAGACACCGUCGCAGUUCCGGCAGCGCUCGCAGAACGACGACGUGGCCACCUACAAGGUCAACUACACCAGGUGGCUGUGCUACUGCCACGUGCCGCAGAGCUGCGACAGCCUUCCCCGCUAUGAGACCACGCACGUCUUUGGGCGCAGCCUCCUCAAGUCCAUCUUCACUGUCACCCGCCGGCAGCUGCUGGAGAAGUUCCGGGUGGAGAAGGACAAGCUGGUGCCGGAGAAGCGCACGCUGAUCCUCACCCACUUCCCCAAGUUCCUGUCCAUGCUGGAGGAGGAGAUCUAUGGUGAGAACUCACCCAUAUGGGAGGCGGAUUUCACUGUGCCGGCUGCAGAGGGCGCCCAGCUGGUGUCACGCUCAGCCACCGUCAGUGCCGUCACGGUGCCCACCGCACCGCUCUUCAGCAAGAAGCUCAGCAGCAGCAGCUUGGCCACGAGCAUGGAUGCCGGCACGCCGGAGCCUCUGCCGGGGGAGAAGCGGAAGCUGCCAGAGAGCCUGACGCUGGAGGAUGCCAAGAGGAUCCGCGUGAUGGGCGACAUCCCCAUGGAGCUGGUGAACGAGGUGAUGCUGACCAUCACCGACCCCGCUGCCAUGCUGGGCCCUGAGCUGCCCCCUAUGCAGACCAGCCUGUUGUCGGCCAACGCGGCGCGGGAUGAGACCGCCCGGCUGGAGGAGCGCCGCGGCAUCAUCGAGUUCCACGUCAUCGGCAACUCGCUCUCGCAGAAGUCCAACAAGAAGAUCCUGAUGUGGCUGGUGGGCCUGCAGAACGUCUUCUCGCACCAGCUGCCCCGCAUGCCCAAGGAGUACAUCACCCGCCUCGUCUUCGACCCGAAGCACAAGACCUUGGCACUCAUCAAGGAUGGCCGUGUGAUCGGGGGCAUCUGCUUCCGCAUGUUUCCCACCCAGGGCUUCACUGAGAUUGUCUUCUGCGCCGUGACAUCCAAUGAGCAAGUGAAGGGCUACGGGACACACCUGAUGAACCACCUGAAGGAGUACCACAUCAAGCACAACAUCCUCUACUUCCUCACCUAUGCCGAUGAGUAUGCCAUUGGCUACUUCAAGAAGCAGGGCUUCUCUAAGGACAUCAAGGUCCCCAAGAGCCGCUACCUGGGCUACAUCAAGGACUACGAGGGGGCAACCUUGAUGGAGUGCGAGCUGAACCCCCGCAUCCCCUAUACUGAGCUUUCCCACAUCAUCAAAAAGCAGAAGGAGAUCAUCAAGAAGCUGAUUGAGAGGAAGCAAGCGCAGAUCCGCAAGGUCUACCCUGGCCUGACCUGCUUCAAGGAGGGCGUGCGGCAGAUCCCCAUCGAGAGCGUCCCCGGCAUCCGAGAAACGGGUUGGAAACCGCUGGGGAAGGAGAAAGGGAAGGAGCUGAAGGACCCGGACCAGCUCUACAACACCCUGAAGAACCUCCUGGCCCAGAUCAAGACCCACCCCAGCGCGUGGCCCUUCAUGGAGCCGGUGAAGAAAUCGGAGGCGCCGGACUACUAUGAAAUCAUCCGCUUCCCUAUUGACCUGAAGACCAUGACGGAGCGCCUGAAGAACCGCUACUACGUCACCAAGAAGCUGUUCAUUGCCGACCUGCAGCGCAUCAUCACCAACUGCCGCGAGUACAACCCGCCCGACAGCGACUACUGCAAGUGUGCCAACACCCUGGAGAAGUUCUUCUACUUCAAGCUGAAGGAAGGGGGGCUCAUCGACAAGUAGGGGGUGGUCUGGAUGUGCUGUGGCUGCCACGACCCCCCCCUGGUCCCGCUGGCAGGGAGGAGCAGGGCUGGGGUCCAGAGAGGCCAUCCAGGAUGCGGCCCUGUUCUGUGGGCAGGGGCUGCUGCUGGGUUUGCUGCUUCUGGGGGGGUGGGGAGGUGUUGGGCAGCUGCAGUGCUGCCAGUCCCUCUCUUGGUGGUUGUGGAAGGGGGGCUGGAGCGGGGCUGCCUCUCCCCCCAGGGUUGUGCCUUCUGCCCCCGCUCGGUGCCAGGGCAGGGGCACACAAGUGCUUUGGUGUUCUGCACGGACCUCAGCCCCUGCUCCUGUCCACGCACAGGCAGCGCCUGCCCCUCUUCUUGAAUGUACUGUGGGGCAGCUCCCUGCCCCCCCUGCCCCCCCCCAGGCUGCAGGGCAGAGGUGCUGAGCUGGGGGGUGUCCCUCCUCCCACUGCCUCUCUCAGCUCUUCCCUCCUGCAGGAGCACAGCCCUCUGCUCUCCCCCCACUGCUUGUAGCCCUGCAGGGAGUGGUGGGGGCUCUUCCAGCUCCUUGCUGUGGGUGGGGGCCAACCCCCCCUUCCCCUUGUUGUCCUGCAGCCCCGGAGUUGGGGCUGGCUGUUGUGUGCAUCCCUCCUUGUGCCCGUGUGUCCCUGUACCUCCCUGGGAGCUGUGCUGGGGUGCAUCCCACGUAGCAUUAAUGUGUCCUCCUCCUCCGUCCUGCAUUUGGUCGCCUGCUGCCUUACCCCCUGUGCUGUCCUUGCCGUGUGAACUCUGGUGCUGCUCUACAGGCUCGCUGGCCUUGCUGGGGUGGGACCAGACCCUGUCCCACUGUUCGCAUCCACCCAUUCCAUGUGACUGUUUUGUUUGGAUUGGUUUUCUUUCUUUUAUUAUUUUUUAUUUUUUAAUUAAAUGUACUUGUGCAGA